AUGUUACGCCAUUUUCUAGAUCUAGAUAUUUUUUCACUGACGAUAACCAUUUUAUUAUUUUUGAUUUUUUGGAAAUUUUUUCAAAAUGAUAAAAAAACUUUGCACAUCAAUAAACUUCCCGGUCCGUUGGCUUUACCCAUUUUUGGAAACAUCAUCGAAGUCCUUCAACCAAAAGAUAAAUUUUUGGAAAAUUCUAUGAAGAGAAGGAAAAAAUUUGGGCCCAUUUUUAAAAUGUGGUUCGGAAGAAAUCCAUCAGUAUUUUUAUCGAGAGCAAAAGAAAUCGAAGUAGUGAUAAAAGGUACGAAACAUAUGGAAAAAUCAUUCGUUUAUAAAUUUGUUCAGCCCUGGUUAGGUACAGGACUUUUAACUGCUCAUGGAAAAAAAUGGGCAUCGCACCGGAAACUCAUAACUCCAUCCUUUCAUUUUACCGUUUUGCAAAGUUUCAUUGAAAUUUUCCAAGAAAAUUCAAAUAUAUUAAUUAAUAAAUUAAAUAAAAUGGCUGACACGAAUGAAGUAAUCGACAUUUAUCAAUAUAUAACAUUAUGUUUAUUAGAUAUUAUUUGCGAAACAGCCAUGGGUACAAAAGUCAACGCACAAUCUGAUAGUCAAAGCGAAUACGUUAAAUCUGUUUACAGACUUUCCGCGCUGGUAGUCGAAAGAACAGGAAGAGUUUGGCUUCAUCCUGAUUUUAUUUAUAAUUUAACGAGUCACGGAAAAGAAAAUAGAAAACAUCUCGACAUUGUUCACAGUUUCACAGAUCGCGUGAUACAAAAAAGAAAAUUAUCAUUCGAAAAUGAAUCCUCGAAAAAUUUCGAUUCUCCGGAUAGAAAGAAACUUUCAUUUUUGGAUCUUUUGUUAAAAGCAUCCAUGAACGAAGCAUCCACACCUUUAACCGAUAUGGAACUUCGUGAAGAAGUUGAUACUUUUAUGUUCGAGGGACACGACACGACAGCAGCCGGUGUAAAUUGGGCAAUUUUAAUGUUGAGCCAUCAUCCGGAAAUACAAGAAAAAGUUUACGAAGAAGUAAAAACGAUUUUUGAAAAUAAACAAGAAGAAAAUUUAACGUUAGGAGAUUUAUCGGAAAUGAAACUUUUGGAUAGAGUAAUUAAAGAAACCUUAAGAUUGUGUCCUAGUGUUACUAGCAUAGGUAGAAUAGCAGAAGAGGAUAUUCACUUAGGGGAGUAUACCAUACCAAAAGGAGCCAACACCGUUAUUAAUAUUUAUGCAUUACAUCGAGACCCAACAGUAUUUCCCGAUCCUGAUGUAUUUGAUCCCGAUAGAUUUUUACCGGAAAAUAUGUCAGGAAGGCAUCCUUUUGCAUAUAUUCCAUUCAGUGCUGGACCAAGAAAUUGCAUAGAGAAAUUUAAAUGA